AUGCAUCCUCUCCUCCUCCUGACCACCAGCUCAGCUAUCGUCGGUGGGUCCUCACCUCGCCUUCGCACCGCCGCCGUCUCUCCCGUGCUUCGCACCGCCGUCCCUCCCGUGCUUCGUCGCACCGCACGGGCGCCAGCCCCGGUGGCGCUUGCCGACGACGGCGGCGGAGGCCUCCUCGCCACGCUCGAGUCCUUCCAGUCGAGCCACGCGCUUCUGAUCUCCAUCCUCGUGGCGAUCGGCACUCGCUACAUCAUCAGCGAGGUUCGCUACCGGUUCGAGAAGCCGGUGAUGGACGAGCUCGGCAAUCGCGUGGCGACAGAGCUCAAGCCAGACACGGACCGGAUCGACGGGCUGGCUUGGGCGAAGCUCGCGGGCUGCGUCGCUCUCGACUUGGCCGGCGACGCCUCGGAACUUGUUCCUGUCCUCGGCGAGCUCACCGACGUCGCGUUUGCGCCCGCAGAGGCGGGUCUCCUCUGGGCCCUCUUCAAGAGCCCUCUCGUGAGCGGCUUCGGCUUCCUGGAGGAGAUCCUGCCUUUCACCGACGUGGUGCCGACCUUCUGUAUCGGCUGGUGCCUCCAAAAUCUCUGGCCGACAACGCCCAUGGCGCGGCGGCUGGGGAUCUCCAAGGCGUGA